GAGUUCAUUCCUGACAUUGAACACGACCAUCCCGCGACGCCUAUGAAAGCAGGCAAUUCAGCCUUUUUUCCUCACCAAAGACAGUAAAAUCGGCUCUCACCUUAGCUAUGUCGUUGUGGAAUGAGAUUCAGAAGGUGCCCUCAGUAACGCGAUUCUUGUGCGGGGCUUCUCUGGCAGUCACCGUGCCGGUCCUCCUCGAAAGUGUCUCUCCUUACUUGUACUUCUUCGCGAGGCCGCUCGUGACGGACAAGUUUGAAAUAUGGCGCGUAGUCACGACGUUCUUCAUAGGGCCGUUUGGCAUAGGCUACAUAUUUCAUUUUGCAAUGCUCUACCGGCACUCUGAGGAAGUCGAGACAUCAUAUUACCGAGAGCGUUCAGCGGAUUACGCAUGGCAGCUCCUGCAAGUCUGUAUCAGCAUACUGCUACUCAACCUCCCAUUGCAAUCCACCAUGCACCACCGCCCGCUCCUCAUCGCGCUCGUCUACCUCACCUCCCGACUCGCCUCGCCCGACGCGCAGACAUCUUUCUUCGGGCUCAUAACAAUCCCCGUCUUCUACCUGCCGUACGUCUACAUUGGCAUGGACCUCCUCAUGGAGGGCCGCGCAGGCGCCGCAAAAGCCAUCUCCGGCGCGAUUAUCGGGCACCUCUGGUGGUGGGGCGUCUGGGAGAGCAGGAUCCUCGAGCGCUAUGGAAGCGCGCCUGCGUGGCUCAAGAAAUUGCUCGGCCAGAGCUCGGCCCCGUCAGCACACGGAGGGUGGAAGAGGGGCGGCGUAGAGGGUGUGCCGCCGAGGCAGGUGAGGGAGGAGGGCCGGCCGGGCGAGCAUCGUUGGGGGUCGGGUAACCGGUUGGGACAGUGAGCAAGGGAUCGCUGUGGGUGGGUCAAAUUCUCUGGUCGUCGGGAUUGCGGACAUAUGAAGGUUGUAUACAUUGGUUGUAUUCGCUCAAUCGUGCAGCAAAGUGCGAGUUGCUUUACGCAUGUCUGGUUUGGG